UUGAAAGUGCUUUAGGGUGAUGCCCGCCUCCUUGCUUCUCACUUACAGCGUGGGUGUGGGUGACUCGAGUGCCGCGAGAGCUUUGAAUAACAGCGCGAGGGGGGACAAAUAAAAAGGAAUAAGCAAAGCGCCUACGACCAGUCUUCCAGCAGCAAGGAGAAGACACAGGAAUAAACCAUGCCGGUCCCUGAAGCCAAAGUAGAGGUGGACGCCGCUCCAAAGCAGGAAGCAGAUGAUGUACCCCCCGCAGAUGGAGCUGACUCUGAUGCCAGCAGCGAUGCUAACCCGAAAGCCGUAGUGGGGGAGGUGACAGAGAUCACCGGGCUCUUCGUCGAGAAGCCUCCAGAUCAUGUAACCGCAAUCACAGGGACGGAUUUGAUCCUCAUUGCGAAAGUUGACUCAAGCACACUGAUAAAGAAACCCACUAUGAAAUGGCUGAAGGGAAAGUGGCUGGAUCUGAGCAGCAAGGCUGGGAAACACAUGCAGUUUAAAGAAACCUAUGACAGAAACACAAAGAUCUACACUUAUGAAAUGAUGGUCAAGAAAGUGGUCGCAGGAGAUGCCGGCGGUUACAGGUGUGAGGUGACGUCCAAAGACAAAUGUGACAGCUCCAGCUUUGAGAUCACCGUGGAGGCCUCCCAGCAGGAGGAGCAAGCGGACAUUUUGUCUGCCUUCAAGAGAGCGGAUGCCGGCGAGGAUGAGGGUGACCUGGAUUUCAGCGCUCUUCUCAAAGCUGCCAAGAAGAAGAAACCUGAAAAGGUGGAGGAGGAGAUAGACGUAUGGGAAUUGCUGAAAUCCGCCCACCCGAGCGAGUAUGAGAAAAUCGCUUUCAAGUACGGCAUCACCGACCUGAGGGGCAUGCUGAAACGUCUGAAAAAGAUGAAGGUGGAGCCCAAGCACAGCGAGGCUUUCCUGACAAAGCUGGAAUCUUGCUACACUGUCGACAAAGGAAAGAAAAUUGUCCUCAAGGUGGAGGUGAUGGAUCCCAACGCCCAGGUCAAAUGGUUGAAGAACGGCCAAGAGAUCAAGCCCUCUGCCAAAUAUGUGAUGGAGACAAACGGUAACAUCAGGACACUUACCAUCAACAAAGCCAGCCUUGCUGAUGACGCCGCCUAUGAGUGCGUCGUUGGUGAAGACAAGUGUUUCACUGAGGUGUUUGUCAAAGAACCCCCAAUAACCAUCGACAAGCUUAUGGAUGACUACCACGUGGUCGUUGGCGAGAGAGUGGAGUUUGAGAUUGAGGUGUCGGAGGAGGGCGCUCAUGUGAUGUGGUUCUUUGAAGACCAGGAAAUUUCAAAAGACUCCUCAAAAUAUCGCUUCAAGAAAGAUGGAAAAAAGCACACGCUCAUCAUCCAGGAAGCGACGCUGGAGGAUAUCGGAAUGUACCAUGCUUGGACAAAUGGAGGGCAUACCAAGGGAGAGUUGGAGGUGGAAGAAAAACAACUGCAGGUGUUGCAGGACAUUGCCGAUCUGACAGUGAAAGCAGCUGAGCAGGCUUUAUUCAAGUGUGAAGUGUCUGAUGACAAAGUGACAGGCAAGUGGUACAAGGAUGGAGUAGAAGUUAUGCCCAGUGAACGCAUCAAAAUGACACACGUCGGAAGGUUUCAUCGUUUGAUCAUUAACGAUGUAAAGCCAGGGGAUGCUGGAGACUACACGUUUGUUCCUGAUGGAUACGCUCUGUCACUUUCGGCCAAACUCAACUUCCUGGAAAUCAAGAUCGACUACGUGCCUAGACAAGAUCCGCCAAAGAUUCACCUGGACACAACUGGAAACAUGGUGUCCCAAAACACCAUCAUUUUGGUGGCUGGCAACAAACUGAGACUGGAUGUGGAGAUCACUGGAGAACCAGCACCCACAGUAGUCUGGACCAAAGGAGAGCAGCCAAUUACAGAAACUUCAGGCCGUGUAAGGGUGGAGAGCAGGAAGGACUUGAGUUGCUUCGUCAUUGAGGGUGCAGAGCGCGAAGAUGAGGGCAACUACACGAUUGUUGUUACCAACCCGGCUGGAGAAGACAAAGCGGUGCUGUUUGUGAAGAUCAUAGAUGUGCCUGACGCCCCUGAACAUGUCAAGUGCACAUCUGUGGGAGAAGACUGUGCCACCAUCACCUGGGAGCCCCCCAAAUUUGAUGGUGGUGCACCAAUCAAGGGUUAUCUGAUGGAGAGAAAGAAGAAAGGCUCUAGCAGAUGGACAAAACUUAACUUCGACGUGUAUGAAUCAACCACGUACGAGGCCAAGAGGAUGAUUGAAGGAGUCCUGUACGAGAUGAGGGUGUUUGCCGUCAACAGCAUUGGUCUCUCUCAGCCAAGUCUCAGUUCCAAACCCUUCAUGCCAAUCGCGCCGACGAGUGAGCCAACACGUCUUACAGUGAAUGAUGUGACAGACGGCACGUGUAGCCUGAAGUGGCUGGCCCCGGAGAGAAUAGGAGCCGGAGGAUUGGAUGGCUACGUUAUUGAAUACUGCAAAGAUGGAGAUACCGAAUGGGUGGUGGCCAACACGGAUCUGUGCGAAAAGCAGAGCUAUGUAGUCCGUGGCCUACCUGUUGGGGAGAAGAUCAACUUCAGGGUGGUGGCCGUAAACAUCGCAGGGCGCAGUCCUCCUGCCAUCAUGUCACAGCCUGUCACAAUCCGGGAGAUCUUGGAGCAUCCUAAGAUCCGCCUCCCUCGCCACCUGAGGACAAAGUACAUCAGGAAAGUGGGAGAAAAGAUCAACCUGACCAUCCCCUUCCAGGGUAAACCACGUCCUGUUGCAGAAUGGUUGAAGGACGGAAAACCCAUUGACCCAAAAACCAUCAACGUCCGUACGUCCAAUGUGGACAGCAUUCUUUUCAUCCGCUCAGCAGAACGAGAGCACUCCGGAACAUAUGAGCUGGUUCUAAAGAUUGAAAACCUGGAGGACAGAGCCAGUUUCCAACUGAGAGUUGUUGAAAAGCCAGGGCCACCUUUAAAUUUGAGGGUGACAGAUGUGUGGGGCUUUAACGCCGCACUGGAGUGGGACCCCCCAACCGAUGAUGGCAACUGUGAGAUCACCGGAUACACCAUCCAGAAAGCCGACAUGAAAACUAAGGAAUGGUUCACUCUUUAUGAACACAACAGACGGACGCACUGCACAGCGUCCGACCUCAUCAUGGGCAAUGAGUACAUGUUCCGCGUCUACAGCGAGAACCUGUGCGGCCUGAGCGAGGAUCCUCGCCACAGCAAGAACACUGCCACCAUCGCCAAGACAGGACUGCAAUUGAAACAAACCUCCUUCCAAGAGAAGGACAUGUCCUGUGUGCCCAAGUUCACUCAACCACUUGUGGACAGAACUGUGGUGGCCGGGUACAGCAUGGCCAUCAGCUGUGCCGUCAGAGGCUUCCCGAAGCCCAAGAUCGUGUGGAUGAAGAACAAGAUGAUUAUCGGUGACGACCCGAAGUACUUGAUGCAGAACAACCAAGGUGUAGUGACCCUCAACAUUCGCAAGCCGAGCACCUUCGAUGGAGGCAAAUACACUUGCGUGGCCACCAACGAGCUGGGCAAGGACGAGGUGGAAUGCAAGCUGGACAUUCGAGCUCCUGUGGACCCAAACAAGGAGUAAGAAAAGGAAGAAUGAGACACCAACUUGUUCGAGUGGGCUGUGAUCAUCAAAAUCCCAUGAUUGAACUGAAUAAAAAAAAUGCGGCAUGUUGGAGUUCGUCGUAUUCAUUUGCAAACAUAAAGAAAUCAUUAUCAUGUUGUUAUGAAGAAACUUUUUUUUUUCGCAUCUGGAAUGGAAUUUGAAAGGCCUUAUUUUUUCAUUUCAAGUCAAGGUCACAACCAACCAAAACUGAAAAAUUCAAAACACUACAUUUUGCUAUGAUAAAAACACUAGUCAAAAAACAAUAAUUAUGAGACUUUUAAUGAAUAAAUAUAGAAAUACUAUCGAUUGGUUAAGCAAAAUCACAAAAUUGCUUUGGAUUGACUAACUGACUGUGUUUAAUCUGUAGAUCAAGAGCGUAGGUUUGCAUAGGGACAGUAGGGACAUAACACCACCGACUUUUAGGGAUGCUCAAAUUGUCCCCACCAACCUUUAAGCACCCUUAAUUGCAUUAUAUAAUGAGUUCAGUUAUAUAGGUAAUUUAGAUUUUCUUCCCAUAAAUUGUAAGGAUAGAAUUGACCCUACAUUAUGUUCAGACUUACAUUUACCCCCUUUCACUUGCUGAAUGUGCUGGUCCAUUUUUUCCCCUUCAAACGCACGUUUGAUUGGCUGAUGACUAGAACCCCCACAUUCACACAAUCCCAACAGAAAUACAUGUCGACAUACCGCCUCCUCCACCCCCUUGGAAGAGGAGGGAUAUUAGAAGUUUUUUUUUGGCCAGCAGCAGCCACUUUAAGUGAUGUAAAAAUACGUCAAUAUGGUGAACGUGGGGAACACAUCACUAACUUUGCAACCGAAAGUCCGACCUGCAUCAGAGUUAGCAUAACAUUAAACUGUGUGAACUUGCUAACCUGUAAAACUCGAGUAGAAAGAUGUUUAGUGACGUGUGUUCCUGUACUUUUUCUUCUGUUAACGCUAAUCCAACUGUGCAUUUUGUGCAUUUAUUCCCUAAUUAAAAUGUUAAAAUGUAUUUUCUAUCUCUUAUCAUUAAGAAAAUAUUUUUAUUUGCAGCCGAUGCACAUUUCUAACCCCCCCACCC